CAUGCGACGUUUCCUUGUUAGAGCGUCCUCGGAAGUUGGCUUUACUACGAGCAUGGAGAAACACAUUGGAUAACGUUGGGAUUGUGUUGAUUUAGACGUUUGUUUUGGAGGGUCUCCUGUCAUGGGGGCAGCUGUUUUUUUCGGCUGCACAUUUAUUGCGUUUGGACCUGCCUUUUCUUUAUUUAUUUUUACUGUUGCAGUUGACCCUUUGCGGGUUAUUAUCCUGGUGGCUGGGGCCUUUUUUUGGCUGGUAUCUGUUCUGUUUUCUUCAUUACUUUGGUUUGUUGGCGUCCAUCUGAGUGACAAGAGCAAUCCGAAUAUUCAGUAUGGACUGUUGAUUUUUGGGGCAGCAGCUUCUGUUUUGUUCCAGGAGGUUUCCCGCUUUGCCUGUUACAAGUUACUGAAAAAAGCAGAUGAAGGUCUGGCUGCAAUAAGUGAAGAUGGAAAGUCUCCAGUAUCCCUUCCACAAAUGGCUUAUGUCUCAGGUUUAGCGUUUGGGAUCAUCAGUGGGGCAUUCUCAGCUAUCAACAUUCUGGCAGACUCUUUGGGACCAGGAAUUGUUGGUAUACAUGGUGACUCUCCACAGUAUUUUAUUACCUCAGCAUUUCUGACGAUGGCCGUCAUCUUUUUGCACACUUUUUGGGGAGUCAUUUUCUUUAAUGCUUGUGAACAGAGAAACUGGUGGGCUGGUAGUGGCGUUGUCAUCACUCACCUUUUGACUUCAGCUCUGACCUUUUUGAACCCUUGGUAUGAAUGCAGCCUUGUCCCCAUCUAUAUUCUGACCUUUGGAAUGGCCGUAUGGGCCUAUUUCACUGCUGGUGGGUCUCUACACAACUUGCAACUUUGUUUCUUAUGCAAGAGUAAAGUAGAUGAUCGAGUGGUUGUUUAUUCAGCUCUUCAGGGUCCCAUUGAUGACUGACACACUAGAAUUCACAACUGGAGCAUUCUGGAUAUGCAGAUAUAUUAUAUGCUUCUAAAAGAAAGUGUUUAUGAUCAGGUUAGUUAUCUAUUUAAUUAAGGCAACCCCUUGUAUAGGUGACAUUGAAGAGUCAGCUCUUUGUGCCUGAUGCUUAUUACCCAAGGUUCUCUGAUUCUGUAGAGAUGAAGCAACAAAUGGAAAACACAAUUUUAAUCAUAAACCUGAAUAUCUCUAAUUACAAAGUGAAAGGAGAUUAACACAAUUUUUGAAAUGGGAAUGUUUUUCUUUUUUUGAAUAUGUUUAAACAUUUAUACAUUUCUGGAAUAAUGGGGACUCUUGCAUAUCACUGUAUGUCUAGAAAUAAAUAAGUGGCUGCCCAAAAGAAUGAACAGUAAAAUGGUCCUGAAUGGAUUUUUUUGUAAGGAUAUGAACUAUGAAGUUGCAGAGGGUUUUUUUGUGUUAAAACUUUAAACUUUGUAAAAAAAAUAAAAUUAUUUUGUGUUUAUCCCUGGUUUAGUUUACACCUUGGAAAAUUUAGCCCCCUUGUGAAUUUAAGUAUGAUAAUUAAAAUGUUAUGUAUCUGCUUUCCACUGAAAGCAAAUGGGUUAUGUGCCAGAGUAUUUACUUAUAAUUGAACAAGUGAAUUAUAGUAAAAAUUUUACCAUCUAUAUUUUUUUAGGUGGAAAUGUUUCACUGUAAAGGUAUUAGGUGGUAUGCUUGAUAAAAUUAUGCUUUCUUGAACCUAUAAUAAUGGUCAGAAAUAUAUUUUUUUUGUAUAAAUAAAAAAUAUACCUGCAGAAUCCA